AUGACACCCUCCAUGCCACUAUGGCUUGUGGCCAUCUUGAUAAUGGCCAUGCUGCACUUCCCUGCAGCCCAUGCUCUUCCUUGUCGGUCGAAUUAUCAAUGUGUUGUGGAUGUCGACCAAGCUGACAACCUCUCCUUUUCCCCCAUAACUCAGGUACCAACAGCAACUGUAGCAGCACACGGCGAUACUACCGGGAUAUAUUUCACCCAAAUGGAAAGUGACGUUCGCUCAUACAGCCAACCUUUUCCAACAGAUAUCUCUUACAUCGUGUUUGAAGACCAUAUUGGACUGCUUCAUCCAGGCGUUCCGCACCUAGAUAGCGUCCCAUCUGCAGUUCUCUCGUCCAACUCAAAUUGCUAUUACAAAGGACAUCUGUGUCCAGGCCUUCCUCACGUGGAAGAGACUCGGAUCGCAAAUUGGCUCCUUUCCCCGAGCACAGCUUCUUUGAACUCAGAUAUUUCGAUCGGUAUAACAAUACCUCCACCUCCCCCAUUCCUGGAGUCUUCUACCGCUGGCUGCUCCCCGCCAUACCCGAUAACAAGCUCAAAAUCAAGUACUCUUGCGCCAAUUGUACCUUCCCCGAGUUCCUCAACGCCAACAGCGACACCCUCCCCUAAACCGCCCUCAAUGUCAGGCCAGAACAUAUUCGAGCCGAUUAGCAGGGAUCAAAUCCCGCAGAAUAUUCCUUCAAGAGAUGAUCAUCCUCUUAAACGGGAUAAUAUCUCAGAUACGCCAGGGCCAGUAUCUACGAACAAGUUUUAUGCAAACUUCUUCAUUGGUUCCCAGGCAAACUACGGGUUUGUCCAACCGUACGCAGUCGGGUGGGCUAAGGGAACUGGUUCUGUAAAAAGUUACGGCCUCACUAUAUCCCAUACGGAAGCCAAUCAGCUCGCCUUUGGCCCCAAAAACCCAAAGAUUCCUGGUGAACCCGUCCAAUUCUAUAUUAAUCCAAUUGGAAUUCAAUCCAUGAUUUUGUCUGCAGCUGAAAUAGGAAGCUCUACCGUUUUAACUGUUUCGAAACCUCUGGCGUUCUCGGCAGAAAUUAUUCUCCGCCCCAACCGUGACUCAGACUCUAACAUUACUUUCCCUCUGGUUCAAGGCAUGGGAUAUGUGACUGGUGUCUACAAGGACUUACAGCCCGCGAUUCAAAGUAGCGUGUUUUUCCGCCAACUUGAAUCUGCACCUUCUCCAAAACUAGGUAUAUUUAAAUAUAAGGUCAUUUUGGAGGAUAACACAAAUUGGUUGAUAUACGUAACGCCAGCAGACGGUGCUGAUCCAAGACUGAAGUUGGAAAACAACGGCCUUAUCAAUGGACCAGCUGGAUUCAGCGGUACGAUCCAGGUUGCCAAAAAUCCCAAUGGCGGGCCAGGGGAGACGAUUUUUGAUGGGUCUGCGGGGGUGUAUCCUGUGGCAGGCAAUAUCACAGGUUCUGUCGUCGCCCAAGACGCGACUGGGACUUACAGGUUAGCCUGGGAGAAGGGUGGGAAGGAUGUUGACAGCACCCCGUUGUUAAUGUUCGCCUUGCCUCACCACGUUCAAUCCUUUGACAGUGAAACCCAAGGCAGGAAGGUAGAUCUGGUUCUGCGAACGACCACCAAGGGAAUAGCUACGGCUGUUGUAGCAGAUUUAUGGACUAUGGUCGAGACUGAUCUUCCUAUAGACAUGGGAUUUGCCCCCUGGAACCCGGCUGGAACUAGCGCUACCCUCUCAAGGCCUGCGAAGCAAAUGGUUAAAGAUAUAGCUCCAAAUGAGCUCUCCCAAGACAUACAUCAGCAAACGAACCUGAAUAGUAUGUACUUUAGCGGGAAGGCUUUUGGGAAGUUUGCUAUGGUGGUGUAUGCUGUCCGCGAAUUAGCACAGGAUGUCCCUCUCUCGGAAUCCGCCUUUGACACGUUGAAGGACGCUUUCGCAACGUUUGUUAAUAACGAACAGCAAUGGCCGCUUGUUUAUGAUAAUGUGUGGAAGGGGAUUGUCUCUUCUGGGACUUACGAGACUGGAGACCCGGGGCUCGAUUUUGGAAAUACUUUUUAUAACGACCAUCAUUUCCACUACGGUUAUUUUAUCCUCUCUGCUGCCAUAAUUGGGAGCCUUGAUCCGUCCUGGAUAGAUGCGAAUAAGGCCUGGGUAAAUGCCCUCGUCCGCGAUGCUGCCAAUUCAGUGUCAGACGAUCCAUUGUUUCCGUUUUCCAGAGGAUUUGACUGGUAUAAUGGGCAUUCCUGGGCCAAAGGCCUAUUUGAGUCUAUUGAUGGGAAAGAUCAAGAGUCUACCUCAGAGGAUACUAUGUUCGCAUACGCCGUCAAGAUGUGGGGCAAGGUUGUCAAGGACCCAAGUAUGGAAGCCCGUGGCAAUAUGAUGCUGGCCAUUCUUGCACGCUCGUUAAACAAUUAUUUCUUGAUGAAGUCCGAUAACGUCAAUCAACCACCGAAUUUCAUCGGCAAUAAAGUCACUGGAAUUCUUUUUGAGAACAAGGCCGAUCAUACGACAUAUUUUGGCCCUAAUCUCGAAUACAUCCAAGGAAUUCAUAUGCUUCCCAUCAUUCCGAGUUCGGCCUACACCCGCCAUAAGGAUUUUGUGAGAGAGGAAUGGGACGCCAUGUUCUCAGAUAGGGCCUCUACACCCGCAAGCAAAGUUCAGGGUGGUUGGCAAGGUGUCUUAUACUCUAAUUUGGCUCUCAUUGAUCCGGACGCCUCGUGGAAUUUCUUCGCGCAGGAACCCUUUGAUCUCGGGAAGAUUGACGGGGGAGCUUCUCGAACGUGGUAUCUCGCAUACGCAGCAGGUUUGGGAGGCGGUCCACAUUAA